AUGAAGAAACCAAUAAAGGCUCAGUUAAAACAGUGUCAUCUGGAGCCAGUUGAAAAAACAGUCCCACGCCCACUUCCUGGAGUUCCCGAGCACUUUAAUCACGGCGUUUUCUUCGAUGAUGGAUUUGACUACAUGCAGUACUUGAAAUCGGUUUCCGAACUAAACGAUCGUCAAGCUUUCCGCAUUACUGGGAUCCCCGAAAAUGAGUCUGUCACUCUCGCUGACGAGCAUCCUACUACUAGUGAUAUUCGUGAACCUGUCGUCGACGAACCUGCGCUUCCCGAGGGUUUUGAUCUUCCUUCUGAUCUUGAAGAUGAGUCCACUGAACUGGAAGACAAUUUUGUUGAAAUUGCUGGAGGGAAACCAGUUCUUUGUGGUGAUUCUGACGAAGCGGAUGAUACAAAACACGAAGUGCCUCGACAUAUUGGAGCCUCCUCAAGAGACAAGUUGUCCCAAGAUAAGGUUUUGAUGAUGGAGCGGUUUCUAUACGGUGAUAAUGUAGGUGAUCAGGAACAUGCUGCUUUUCCCGAUGCCUCAGACGAAUCGUCACCUGAGUGGUUUGCGGAUAUGGACGACAAUGCUGCUCUUAACUACCAGUUUGAAAAGUUAGUUCUCCGUUGCAAAAAUCGCGCGAAAUCCGCCAGUCAGUCGGCAGUUACGUCUACCUCGAUGAUGAGUGAAGGUCUACUUUACGGCCUCAGUCGCGACAAGAGAAUUCUACCACAUCGGUCUGUGGAGAAUUUGACCGCUUCGGCUACAGCUAUUGGAGUUGGCAACACCACAGGCAGUAUUGGUGGUGGACUGACCGCGGCGGGCAACAAUUUGUGGACCAAACUACCGCAUUUCUGCUCCAAAGUAAAGACUAAAUCUCACGGUUAUUUGUUCGGCAACCGGAAAGUUAAGUACUCACACAGGAACCAUUCACUCACCGAGCGACCGUUCGAGCGUCCUGUGGAAUGUGGCGUAUGCGGCCAAUUACUCUGGGGGCUGAGUCCACAGGGCCUGGCCUGCAAUAACUGUGACUUGUGCGUGCACAGCAAGUGUAAACUCGGCAUAAGGGAGGCAUGCACGAAGGAGAAUCGCAAAUCAGGCAUCCCCAAUGCGAUCCCCAUCACCACGACAAAUGGGACCCAAUCGCCCCCCGACAUGCCACCCUUAGCACCGCAUGCUGUCAGUUGCACCCGUACCCAUUCAUUCGCACCUACUGUGCUUUCCACCGGCGGGGCCGUGGAUGUACUAAGCGAUGGUAUCACCGCGCGGGACGAAUCUUCCUUCGCACUUGGUGCACGAGAAAAUACUCCCAGCCCUAGAAAUCCGUUACUAAACGCAUCCUUUGGAGCACUGAAUUCAGAUGAACUCGCUGGAGGCAUUCUGAAUGUCACGGAGUCCACUCCCUCGGCGAGCACCCAAAGCGUUUCAAUCCGACCAUCCACGUCUGACAUAGUAUCUUUGGAGACAUCCUAUGGUGAGGACCGUCAACAAUCUACACAGAAUAAAUCCAUUGGUGAUGAGCAAAUGGACACCGAUAUUCGUAAGUUGCAAUGGUUUCUGCCUGUGUGUCAUCCGGGGAGUGCAUUGUUAUUCGAAGCUUUCUCCAGUGCAAAUUCUUAUUUCUGA